AUUCUAUGGAGAUAGUUUUCUCUUCAUUGACUCUAUUUUGCAGUAGAUAUUUGUAAUUUAUUUGUUUAUCGGCACUAGAAAAACAAAUGGUAGACCUACAGUUAAAUCGUGAAGCUAUUGCUGAGCAUAAUCGAUUACGCGCACUUCAUGGAUGUCCACCAAUUACAUACGAUGAAUCAUUGGCCAGGGAUGCACAAAAAUGGGCUGAAAAUCUUUCACGUAUAAGGACACUGAAGCACAGUAUCUCAGAUUAUUAUGGCGAGAACUUAGCUUCAGCAAUGUCUAGUAGUUUAGCAGAGAUGAAUGGAGUGCAAGCUACUCAAAGAUGGUAUGACGAAAUUAAGUAUCACAAUUUUCAAGGACAAUUCUCAAGUCAAUCUGGUCACUUUACACAAGUUGUCUGGAAGUCCACUAGAAGAGCGGGAUUCGGUAUCAAGCAUACUGAUGAUGGUAAACAUGUGUAUAUAGUGGGACGUUACGCUCCACGUGGAAACGUAAAUGGUCAAUUCAUUGAAAAUGUUCCUCGGCCAAUAUGGAGACAAUCAAAAAGAAACUCACAAAUAUUUCAACAGAAUAAUGGUCUAGCUAACUCAAAUGCUAUUAAACAAAGAAAUCAAAAUGGCAUCACUAUUCAAAGGGAAUAUAACAAUGCAAACAAUGUUACUACACGUCCGGUCAAAAUAAUUCGUAUUUCUGAAAACAGACAACCAGAGGAAAUCAGACGGGUGCCUAGAAAUGGUUCAGGUGAGAUGAAAAUUAUUCAUGAAACCGAGAAUCGCAAUCCAAGACAAACUGAAUACACAGUUCGAACACUGAGGAGUAGAGAGAGGAAACGUACAAAGAAAUGCAGCAUUUUGUAAUUAGAAACUACAGUUUAAAACAUUUAAAUAAAUAAAAGCUUAA